AGAAGCGACAGGAAGCUGUGACGACGUCCGGCUGGGGAGGGGAAGAGCACGGAGCACACAGGGCCAUGGCAUCUUCGCAGUGACGAGCAGCACGUCUCUCUGCUCACAAAAACACACUCUGCACACCCGGACCGCCGAGGAGACAGAGACCGGGGAAAUGGAGAAACAGCCGAGCUCAGGCUCAGAGAGCAGCGGGGCUCCCCCGAUACCGAGAAAACCCCGGAGCCUCGGAGCUGUCCCGGUGUCUAGACAAGAGAGCGGAGACUCACUGGACAGUCCCACUGGUUCCCACGUGGAGUGGUGUAAGCAGUUGAUCGCAGCCACCAUCUCCAGCCAAAUCUCUAGCUGUGCUCCUCCUGAGGUUGUGAGCCGAGAAUGCAAGAUCGGGUGGAAAGUAGACCAUAGGGUAUCCAAGAGGCCGAAUUUAAGGCAGGUAUUCAAAGACACACAGAGGGUGAUCCCCCUGGAUGAAGUUCCACUGGUCCCAGGAGAGACCAUUAAAACCACUGCUAAAGAUGUGAUGUACAUCUGUCCGUUCACUGGAGCUGUGACUGGCACACUGACUGUCACAGACUACAAGCUCUACUUCAUCAGUCUAGAGAGGGAUCCUCCAUUUGUGCUGGAUGUGAAUCUGGGGGCGAUCAGCAGGCUGGAGACCAUCAGUGUUCAGAGCCAUGGAGAAAACACACGGGGCAUGGAGAUCGUCUGCAAGGACAUGAGGAGUCCUAGGUUUGCCUAUAAGACAGAGGAGCAGUGUAAGCUGGAGAUUGUGGAGACGCUUACCAAGUACGCCUUCCCUCUGUCCAACGAUCUGCCUCUGUUUGCUUUCCAAUACAAAGAGGAGUAUCCGGUAGAUGGAUGGAAGGUUUAUGACCCAGUGGCUGAGUACAAGAGACAGGGUCUGCCUAAUGAAAGCUGGACUAUCAGUAAGAUAAACAGUAGUUAUGAAGUGUGUGACACAUACCCUGCUCUGCUGGUCAUCCCGACCAGCAUCAAAGACGAUGAGCUUAAAAGAGUGGCCUCUUUCAGAGCCAAGCACCGCAUACCGGUCCUCUCAUGGAUCCACCCUGAGACUCAAGCCACUAUCGUGCGCUGCAGUCAGCCUCUGGUGGGCCCCUCAGACCGGCGCUGUAAAGAAGAUGAACGUUACUUGCAGACCAUCAUGGAUGCCAAUGCUCAGUCACACAAGCUCACCAUAUUUGAUGCCAGGCAGAGCAGCGUCGCUGACACUAAUAAGGCGAAAGACGGAGGUUACGAGAAUGAGAGUUUUUAUCCCCAUGUGGAAUUGAAUUUCCUGGAUAUCCCCAACAUCCAUGUGAUGAGAGAGUCUCUGCGGAAGCUGAAGGAAGUGGUCUACCCCACCAUCGAUGAACUUCGCUGGCACUCUGCAAUAGACGCCACACACUGGCUGGAGUAUAUCAGGCUGCUGUUAGCAGGUGCGGUGCGUAUAGCGGAUAAAGUGGAGUCCAGUAAGAGCUCAGUGGUGGUGCACUGCAGUGACGGCUGGGACCGCACAGCUCAGCUCACCUCCCUUGCUAUGCUGAUGCUGGACUCCUACUACCGCACGCUCAGGGGCUUCCAGGUGCUGCUGGAGAAGGAGUGGAUCAGCUUCGGACACAAGUUCGCCUCGCGUGUUGGUCAUGGAGAUGAGAAUCAUGCUAACUCUGAACGCUCGCCUCUCUUUGUGCAGUUCAUAGACUGUGUGUGGCAGAUGAUGAGACAGUUUCCCUCUGCAUUUGAGUUCAAUGAACUCCUUCUUAUUACCAUCUUGGACCACCUGUACAGCUGCCUCUUUGGUACAUUCCUUUACAGCAGUGAGCAGGAGAGGAUGGAAAAGGAAGUGCAGAGUAAGACAGUGUCUCUGUGGUCCUACAUUAACAGUCAGCCAGAGGACUUUACUAACCCAUUCUAUGUGGACUAUGAAAACCAUGUCCUGUAUCCCCUGGCCAGUCUGAGGCAUCUGGAGCUGUGGGUGGGCUACUAUGUGCGCUGGAACCCUCGCAUGAGACCACAGGUGCCAGUACAUCAGAAUUUGAAGGAGUUGUUGUUUUUACGUGCUGAGCUGCAGAAGAAAGUGGAGGAGCUGCAAAGAGAGGCAUCAUCAUCACGAUCCAUCUCCUCAUCCUCAGAACAUGCAUCUUCACCCUCGCAUAGCGGUACACCACUCCACACCACUGUUUAAAUAUGCACACACAUGGGCGACAUUUGGGGGGGGGCAAUAGGGGGCAUUUGUCUCUGCUAAAAUGUUUGUCAACUCACUUUAACCAUGGAAUACUGCCAUUUUUCAAAACAAAACUAUUUACUAUGUAUAGAGACUGAGCCCUACAACAUUAGGGGGCGGACUGUGUUCUGAUGUGAGGAGUUUCCAAGCAAUGCAAUGUACUAUCGAAAGCACUGCAGUCACCAACUUUAAAUUAUGCCACGGUGAAGAGCCUCACUAGAAGCACAGUCUCUACUCUGUUAGCAAUGGGAACAGAUAGCGACUUUCAAAAAUUCUGGAAGCACAUGGUUGACUUAUGCGCUUUCUGUAGUUCCGUGUCUUACUUGGCAUUACUAUGUUACUACAAGGAAUUGUAUUUUGGUGUACUGGACAAAACCAUACAGAAAUCUGCGAGAGCCUUCAGGAAAAUGACAUGGAAAGCCAAAUCACACUGAACAAUAUGGAACUAUUCUUGCUUGUGUCGACUGAAAACAUGAGAAACACCAUGAGUCAGGAGUCAGGAGAGACUGUUGGAGUGCUGAAUUAUGAACGGGCCAUUCACAUAGACUUGGAAAAAACGGUCAGUGCGUUAAAUGCUGUGCCCAGUGGGUGCCGUCUUACGGUAGGACAUUGUUUAUACUUUGAUAAAUGUAGGCUAUUUGCUAAAUACAGGUUUUGUACUUACUGUGUAGUUGACUGAGAUGGCUUGCCCCCCUGACGUAAGUCUCAAAUGUCGCUCAUGUGUACACACAUCACACCCACACGCAACAGCACUUAUCCACAAAUACUCACUCAAGCAAGGGCAGUAAGUGCAUGAGUACAUCAAAAGAAAUGAGCAAAGACACAGACAUUGAUAUUCUCGUUCUUAAACCCGUAAGUCACUGUAGUUUCGGAAUUUUAAAGUUUCAGACCUUUUUAUAAACUGUGAAAAAGUGCUCAUAAUGUUUCUUUGCGUUCUGUAAUGAUAUAGUUAAGAUGUUUGGGUCAUGUUGUUUAUUAUCUAAUAUUGGAAAUGUAAAUAUGAACAAAUGAAUUAAUAUAUUUGUACUUAACCUAAAAACAGUGUUGUAUCCAUUGGUUUAUGCUGUUUUUCACUCCGUCUUUACUUGCCAUCCCACAGUUGCCACUCUGUGCCAACCGAUCCUUUUCAUGUUUUUUUUUUUACAUUUGUAAGCUGUUAUUAGUUACUUGAACUCAUUCAAUAUUGUGUAAUAUUUUCAAAGAGAAUACUUUCUUCUACUUUUAUAUUUGAUUGCUUUUAUUUUUCCAUUUUGUCUUUUUUGUCAUUACACUGAAGUUUGAUAGCUAUUUCAGUAUUUUUUAAUAAGGCUAAUGUUCUCAUUGGUAAUAUAUGAAGCACUGAUGAAGAGGGAUGAUGUAGUUUGAUAGUAUGAAGGAGUUGAAUGUGACUGAAUUGUACUGCUCUAUAAGGCCAUCAUUGAAUCUGUCUUUUCUUUGCAAUUGUAUGCAUUUUUUAUAUGAGGGAAACCGUGUCAUUACUGAUAUGUUGAGGGUCAUGAAGGUCACAGUUGUUACAUACAUGAAAUAUUAGCUAUAACACAAUUUACUGUGACAUGUCAGUGCAGUGUUGAUGUUACAAGUUGAACUGGAGGUACUUUAUAUGUUUGUUUUUAUUCUUCUAAGUUGCCCAUUUAUUAGUUGUUUUGUAUCCCAAUAUAC